UGGCGGCCGCGUGCCCGGAGCUGGGGGCCGACGCCGGGAGCUGAGCGCCGCCCGCGGGGAGGCCGGGCCGGAGCCGCGGCGAGCUCGGCCGCGGACGCGCAGGGGAAGAUGGCGACGGCCGGCGCGAGCUGCGAGCCCGGCUUGUCCCGCGGCCCGGAGGACGCGGCGGGCGGCGCGGCGGAGGCGGCGAAAAAAGAGUUUGAUGUGGACACCCUCAGUAAAUCAGAGCUUCGGAUGCUCCUCAGCGUGAUGGAAGGGGAGCUGGAGGCCAGAGACCUGGUCAUCGAGGCCCUGCGGGCUCGCAGGAAGGAGGUAUUUAUCCAGGAACGGUAUGGGAGAUUUAAUCUGAAUGACCCAUUCUUGGCACUGCAGAGAGACUAUGAGGCAGGUGCCGGCGAGAAAGAGAAGAAGCCAGUUUGUACCAACCCCCUCUCCAUCCUUGAAGCGGUCAUGGCCCACUGCAGAAAGAUGCAGGAGAGGAUGUCCACGCAGCUGGCUGCUGCUGAAAGCCGACAAAAGAAGCUGGAGAUGGAGAAGCUGCAGCUGCAGGCGCUCGAGCAGGAGCACAAGAAGCUGGCGGCCCGCCUGGAGGAGGAGCGCGGCAAGAACAAGCACGUGGUGCUGAUGCUGGUCAAGGAGUGCAAGCAGCUGUCGGGCAAGGUCAUCGAGGAGGCGCGCAAGCUGGACGCCGCCGUGUCCCAGCUGGAGGAGGAGCGGGCGCGCGGCCGGGCCCUGCAGGAGGAGCUGGGCGCCGAGCGGCGGAGGGGCGCCGACCUGGAGGCGCACCUGGAGAAGCAGCUGUCGGACUCGGACACGGAGCGCGAGCAGCUGCGCGCCCGGCUGCACCGCGAGGAGGCGCUGGCCGCGGGGCUGCGGGACGAGCUGGAGCGGCUGCGCCGGGCGCUGGAGCAGCUGCGCAGGCCGGGCCCCGCGCCCCCGCGGAAGGCCAAGGACCAGGCCAAGGACCAGGCCAAGGACCAGGCCAAGGACCGAGCCAAGGACCGCCGCUCGCCCCCGCCCGCCCCCGCCCCCGCCCCCUGCCACGCCGCCUGCCAGACCGACGCGGCCCCCGACGACCCCGCCCGGCGCCCGCCGCUGCCCCUGCCCGCCCGGCCGUGCCCCGGGGGCGCCAGGGGGGCCGCGGGCCCGGGAGCCCCGCCCGGCCGGCCGCCCCCCGAGCGCCAGGCGGCCCCCGGGGACCUGGCGGCCGCGCCCCCGCCGCCCCCCGCCGCCCGCAGGCCCGAGGAGAACGGGCCCCCGCCCCCCGCGGGCGGCUCUGCGCCCCCGCCCCCCGCAGGUGCCGCCGCCCCCCAGGGCCCCCCCCCGCCGCCGCCGCCGCCGCCGCCGCCCGCGCCCGGCUCACACCCGCCGGGCACCAGCGCCGCUUUCCCCCCGGGGCCCAACCCGCGCGUCCAGGCCGCCAGGUUCCGAUUCCAGGCCAGCGCCAACGACGCGGACCAGAACGGGAACACCACGCAGAGCCCCCCGUCCAGGGACGUGUCCCCCACGAGUCGUGACAACCUCGUGGCCAAGCAGCUGGCCCGGAACACGGUGACCCAGGCGCUGUCGAGAUUCACGGGCCCCCAGGCGGGGCCGCCCCCCAGGCCCGCGGGGGGCCCCGGCGGCGACGUGGGCCUCGGCACCUGCCCUCCCGUCGGUCGGACCAGCCUAAAGACUCCCGGGGUAGCCCGAGUCGACCGAGGAAACCCUCCUCCCAUCCCUCCGAAGAAGCCAGGGCUCUCCCAGACUCCUUCUCCGCCACACCCCCAGCUCAAGGUCCUCCUGGAUAGCAGGGCCCCCAGCGCAGGGGCCAAAGUUGAUAACAAAACUCUGGCUUCGCCUCCUUCCAGUGGGCCACAAGGGAACAGGGUAAUAAGUGAGGAGACGCUCCCUAAGUCAUCUUCCCCUCAGCUGCCACCAAAACCGUCCAUAGAUUUAACUGUGGCACCGGCAGGCUGUGCCGUUGCGGCCCUGGCCACGUCUCAGGUGGGUGCCCGGCCUGCUGAAACCCCUGGACCGAACCAACCUGCAUGUUCAGAGCGUCCCCCUGUCAUUCCCACCACCAUUGCCUUUUGCUCUUCCAUAAACCCUGUUAGUGCCUCAUCCUGUAGAGCAGGUGCCUCAGACAGCCUCCUGGUAACAGCAUCAGGCUGGUCACCCUCCCUAACCCCUUUGCUAAUGAGUGGUGGUCCUGCCCCCCUGGCUGGCAGGCCCACCCUUCUUCAGCAAGCUGCUGCCCAGGGAAAUGUCACUUUAUUAUCAAUGCUGCUUAAUGAAGAAGGACUGGACAUAAAUUACUCCUGUGAAGAUGGCCAUUCUGCCUUGUAUUCUGCUGCUAAGAAUGGACAUACAGACUGUGUGAGAUUGCUGCUGAAUGCAGAAGCCCAAGUCAAUGCUGCUGAUAAAAAUGGCUUCACACCCUUGUGUGCUGCAGCUGCUCAGGGACAUUUCAAGUGUGUAGAAUUAUUAAUUGCAUAUGAUGCCAACAUUAAUCAUGCUGCUGAUGAAGGACAGACACCUCUAUACCUGGCCUGUAAAAAUGGAAAUAAGGAGUGUAUUAAAUACCUACUGGAAGCCGGAACUGACCGAAGUGUGGAAACCAGAGAUGGCUGGACACCGGUUCACGCAGCUGUGGACGCUGGUAACGUGGACAGCCUCAAGCUUCUCAUGUACCAUAGAACACGAGCUAGCGGGAACUCUUUGCAUGAGGAAGAACCCGAGUCCGGUGUCUUUGGCUUGAAUGAAGGAGAAGAGAGUCCUGACGGCACACCCAAGCCUGUGGUUCCUGCAGACCUCGUUAACCACGCUGACAGAGAAGGCUGGACCGCUGCCCAUAUUGCUGCUUCGAAAGGUUUUAAGAACUGCCUGGAAAUCUUGUGUAAGCACGGAGGGCUUGAGCCAGAAAGGAGAGAUAAGUGCAAUAGGACCGCGCACGAUGUCGCCACCGAUGACUGCAAGCAUCUGCUGGAGAACCUGAACGCUCUUAAAAUACCUUUAAGGAUUUCAGUGGGUGAGAUACCCCCAGGCACCUAUGGUUCAGAUGACUUUGAAUGUGAAAACACAAUAUGCGCUUUAAAUAUCCGCAAACAGACAUCAUGGGAUGAUUUUUCAAAAGCAGUGAGUCAAGCUCUGACAAAUCAUUUCCAAGCAAUCUCAUCUGAUGGAUGGCGGAGUCUGGAGGAUGUGACGUUUAAUAACACGACCGACUCCAGCAUUGGCCUCAGUACAAGCAGCGUGCGAUCCGUCAUGCUAGGAAAUGUGCCAUGGUCAGCAGGUCAGAGCUUUUCCCAGUCCCCGUGGGACUUUAUGAAGAAGAAUAAAGCCGAGCAAGUCACUGUGCUUUUAUCAGGUCCUCAAGAAGGCUGCCUCAGUAGUGUGACUUACGCGUCAAUGAUCCCUCUUCAGAUGCUACAGAACUACCUCAGGCUGGUCGAGCAAUACCAUAAUGUCAUUUUCCAUGGCCCAGAAGGAAGCUUGCAAGACUACAUAGCACAUCAGCUUGCACUCUGCAUGAAGCACAGACAAAUGGCUGCAGGAUUCACCUGUGAAAUAGUGAGAGCCGAAGUGGAUGCUGGUUUCUCCAAGGAACAGCUCGUAGACCUGUUCAUCAGUAGUGCUUGUCUGAUCCCAGUGAAACAGUCCCCUGUUAACAAGAAAGUCAUCGUCAUCUUAGAGAAUUUGGAAAAAUCUUCGUUGUCGGAGUUACUGGGAGACUUCCUGGCACCUCUGGAAAAUCGCAGCACUGAAAGCCCCUGGACCUUUCAAAAAGGAAAUGGAACGUCUGAAUGCUACUACUUUCAUGAAAACUGCUUUCUCAUGGGAACCAUUGCCAAGGCCUGUCUCCAGGGCUCUGACUUGCCGGUGCAGCAGCAUUUCCGCUGGGUUCAGCUGCGGUGGGACGGCGAGCCCAUGCAGGGACUGCUACAGAGGUUCCUACGAAGGAAAGUAGUGAAUAAGUUCAGGGGUCAGGUGCCCUCGGCCUGUGAUCCCGUGUGCAAGACCGUCGACUGGGCCCUGGCCGUCUGGCGCCAGCUGAACUCCUGCCUGGCCCGCCUGGGCACACCUGAAGCACUUCUUGGACCAAAGUAUUUCCUGUCUUGUCCUGUAGUCCCAGGACAUGCCCAAGCGACAGUGAAGUGGAUGGCCAAGCUGUGGAACGCCAUCAUCGCGCCCAGGGUUCAAGAAGCAAUAUUGUCAAGGGCCUCUGUGAAAAGACCGCCCGGCCUGGGGGUGACAGCUGCUAAGAGCCACCCCAGCCAAGGACAGCAGGCCGUGGUCAAAGCUGCGCUCAGCAUCUUGCUCAAUAAAGCCGUGCUGCACGGCUGUCCCCUGCAGACAGCAGAGCUGGACCAGCAUACAGCUGAUUUCAGAGGAGGAGGUUUCCCUUUAUCUAUAGUCUCAAGUUACAACAGUUGUAGCAGAAAGAAAGAGAGUGGUGCCUGGAGAAGAGUGAGCACCAGUCCUCGCAAGAAGUCCGGCCGCUACUCUCCACCCUCCUGGAAUAGGCCGGGCCUGAGCGAGGGAGGUAUCAAAAUUAAAGCUCUAUCUCAGCUGAAUUAUAACAGGAAUGCUUCUCUGUCGAAACAAAAGUCUCUCGAGAAUGAUCUGUCAUUGACCUUGAAUUUGGAACAAAGGCUCUCUCUGGGUUCGGACGACGAAGCAGACCUCGUCCAGGAGCUUCAGAGUAUGUGCUCCAGCAAAUCUGAAUCUGACAUAAGCAAGGUAAGCGGGACCAGGGAUGAUUUAAGGAGGUUUGAUAGUUCAGGAAACAGCCCUGCCUUUUCAGCAACUGUUAACCCAAGAAUGCCAGUGUCACCAAAGGAGCUCAGUCCUCUCAGCAGCCACCAAGCAGCCGAAUGCAGCAACAGGCAAUCCAAGACGGAGUUGGGUGUUUCGAGAGUUAAAUCUUUUCUUCCUGUUCCUAGAAGUAAAGCCACCCAGUGUUCCCCGAACACCAAAAGAAGCAGCAGUAAUACAAGGCAAACCGAAAUCAACAACAACUCAAAAGAAGAGAUUUGAAACUUCCACCAAAAAAACGAACAAGUCGCAAAACCAAACCAACAGGCCUGCCUACAACAGUCUCACGCUUACCUUGUGUAGAUUCCACACAGAAACCAAGGACAACAAGCUGUAAAUACCUUUAAACGAAGAAACUGUUCUCACUGUAACAUAAAGUAUGAGUGCGGGACCACUAUUCAACUUUUUUUGUAAAGAAUGUAUUUAUAACCGACAUUUUGUUGCCUUUUUUUUUUUUCUUUCUUUCCGAUUCUGUAGGAUUGAACUUCAACAGCCAAGAAGUGAUGCCAACUUUUCAAGUAGUUUUAUAAUAGAAAUACUGUAAUAGUUUUAAUCCACACGUUCAGGGGUAUUAGAACCGUCGGCGUACUGUACAUCUGUACAUGUGUAUAUAUGUAUAUUUAAGAAAGCCCACGAACCAUAUCCCCGUACACGUUGUAAAAUGUACAACAUUGGCUUUUAAAUAGAGACCAUGACUCCAUGUUCACUUGAAUGACUAGAAUGGGGCAAUAACCAAUCAUUUCUAAACAGUUACUUUCCAUUAAAAGCCAUAUUAAGUAUUUUGCCUGUUAAAUUCUAGUUUUACAUCUUAAAUCUCUUACUGGUUACAUUGCUGAUUGGUUGCAUCAUGUAUAUUUAUGCUUAUGAGUUUGCAUUAUGACUCCUGCAAAAUAUGAGAUUAUAUAAUGCAAUAAAAGUGUUAUCUUUCUUACAAAAAGUUUUGUACCUAAGUGGAUAUAACUGCAAAUGCUUCAAUAAAUUAAUUUAGAGCUAACUCCCUCUUCUAUUUAAUUCUAGCAGCACAACUGAUAAAAGUAGAUAAUAUUUUCUGGAAGUGUUUCUUCGAAAAUGACUAAUGAAAUUACAUAUGCAAAUUCAAAGUUAAAAUGCUUUGACGCCAAUAAAAUAUUGAAUUAGUGAAAUAA